CAAUGGAUAAUGGUGGCGGCGGUUAUCAUCAACAAAAUUAUCAAUCACCUGAUUAUCAUCAACAAUCAUCAUCAUAUCAUGAAGAAUAUCAUCAACAACAACCAUCACCACAACAAUAUCAUUCUGAACCAUCAGAAAUUUAUUAUGAAGAACAUGGUCAUGGUCAUGAUGGUGGCUAUGAUCAUCAUGGUGUUGAUGAUUAUGGUCAUGGAUAUGAUAUGGAACAACCAAUGUUGAUUCAUUCAAAAAAACCACCAACAAUUAAAGAUCUUUAUUAUAAAUCUGGUUAUGGUAAACGUGGUCGUCGUGGUGGUGGUAAUUCUGAUUAUGGUGCAGCAAUAACAUCAACUGAUUAUACAACUGGACAUUAUAUUCGACCGAAAGGUGCCCGAUAUCCAAAAGCACAACCAAAAACAUCCGCAAGUAAAACGGUUAUAUUUACCGUACCACAACCAUUACCGGAUGAUCAUGAAAAAUCGAAAAAAUUUGAAAUACCAUCAAUUGAACUGGCCGGUUUAAAUAAAUUAAUGUCCAAUGCUGGUGGUGGCAAUGGUAUUGGUGGUGAAGCUUUAAAUGAUAUGAUGAAAAAUUCACCGGUAAAAAUUCCCGCUAUGCCCGGUAUUGAUUUUAAUAAUAUUAUUGGAAAUCUGUUUGGUGAUAAAGGACCACCAGCAAUAUCGGUUGCUGCACCUGAAACAUUAGGAAAAUUAAUUGCACCAUUGCUUGGACAUGGAAAAUUAUUAUCAUUUAAUAUGCCAAAUUUUGAACUUGGUCUUGGCGGUGGUCAUGGUGGUGGUCAUGAUGAUGAUCAUAAAGGAUCUGAAUCCCGUAUGAAAUUAGUUGGUUUUAGUAUGCCGGAUUUUAUGAAAAAUAGUCAAAAAUUUUUACGUGGUGAUUUUCCAAAUGUUGCAGUGGAUAAAUUUGGUAAUAUUGGUGAAUGGACAAUGAUUUAUAAUCAAGGUUUUGAAGUGAAAAUAAAUUAUCGAAAAUAUUUUGCAUUCUCUGCUUACGAACGUAAAUCGGAAAAUAAUGUUUUAAGUUAUUGUCAUAAAACACAACCAGGUUGGUCACAUGAUGUACUUGGUAAUAAUUGGGCUUGUUAUGUUGGACAUAAAGUUAAUAAUUGGAAUGAUGAUGAUGUUUCGAAAACAACAACGGUCGGUGCUGAAAAAUUCCCCGUUAAACAACAUUCCGAACGUGAAUUGUAUUUGCAAAAUAUUAACGUUGAACAUAUUUUAAGUCAAAAACAUAUUGAUCAUUUGAAUUCACAGCAAAAAUCAUGGAAAGCAAUUGUAUAUCCAGAUUUACAAUCAAAAUCAAUUGAACAUUUAAUACAAAUGGCUGGUGGUAGAAAAUCCAGAAUUAUUAAUCGACCAAAACCAUUACGUGCAACUGAACAACAAAAACAAUUAGCACGUAGUUUACCUGAAUCAUUUGAUUGGCGUAAUUUGAAUGGUAUUGAUUAUGUAUCACCUGUACGUGAUCAAGGUAAAUGUGGUAGUUGUUAUACAUUUGCAUCAAUGGCAAUGUUAGAAUCACGUAUUCGUAUACAAACAAAUAAUACAUUUAAACCAAUAUUUUCAACACAAGAAGUAGUUGAUUGUUCUGAAUAUUCACAAGGUUGUGAUGGUGGUUUUAGUUAUUUGAUUGCCGGUAAAUAUGCACAAGAUUUUGGUGUUAUAGAUGAAUCUUGUUAUCCAUAUAAAGGUGUUACGGGUAAAUGUCAAAAUCAACAAAAUUUCAAUCAAACCAAUGAAAAAUGUAAACAACGUACAUAUACAAUUGAUUAUAAAUAUGUUGGUGGUUAUUUUGGUGCUUGUAAUGAAGAAGCAAUGCAAAUUGAAUUAGUACAAAAUGGACCAAUUGCUGUUGGGUUUGAAGUUUAUGGUGAUUUUUUCGGUUAUUCCGAAGGUAUUUAUUCACAUCAACCAUCUAAUGAAUCGAACGAUCAACAUCAACAAAUUAAAGCUGAAUUUAAUCCAUUCGAAAUGACAAAUCAUGCUGUUUUGAUUGUCGGUUAUGGAAAAGAUAAAAAAACUGGUGAAAAAUAUUGGAUCGUUAAAAAUAGUUGGGGUAAACAAUGGGGUAUGGAUGGUUAUUUUUGGAUGCGUCGUGGUACGGAUGAAUGUGCUAUUGAAAGUUUAGCAAUGGCUGCAACACCUAUUCCAAAUUGAUGAAAAAAAAUUUGGUGAAAAUUUUUUGUAAUUUUGAAAAAAAUGUUUUAUUUGAUGAUAAUGAUGAUGAAUAAAUUCAUACAU